GGAUGGCUCUCUCGCGUGGAAUUCUUUUCUCGAUCUGCCAACUUAUGCUACCAAAAUCGAGAAACUGACAGGUCGAGAUAGAAAUUUGUGACACGCGACUGUUGUUUCUCGCGGCGCGAGUUAUCCCGCGUGUAAUCAUGUGCUAGCCGUGCUGGCAACACUGGCGCGUUGUCAUAACAUAAAAUGCUGAGAAAAGCUAUUUUUCUCGUGUAUAUGUAUAUACGAUCGUGAAACAGUGUUUUGUAGUAAGUAAUGUGAUGGAAUCCCUAAACCAGUGCCACUGCUGCCUGCAGCGCCCUUCGGAAAAAGAUUUGAUGACACCGUACACUUGUCUCGGCAUAACGGAAAUAUUUUCGAUCAUGAUCGAAGAAUGCUUUGUAAUCAAAUUAACACCAAGCAGCAAUGACAAGAGUGGUAUCUGCGAGGUGUGUCUGGAGCGCCUGCGGGAAGCGUGCCUCUUCAAGAUGCAGGUACAGCGCUGCCAGGCCGAGCUGCAGGAGAGGUUAGAGGGAGAACUGAUGGUCAAAGACGAGAAAUGCUUGGACCAGCCGCCUGAGCAUGGUGCGUGCAGUGAGCCUUCCUUACUUUCAGACGAGGAGUGCCCGGUCCCGCCGUGCAAAGACGAGCCGCGAGACGAACUUAUGUUACAUGAAGAAAGUUUAGAUAAACCGAAGGUGUCGGGCGAAGAAACAAUUGAAGAGGAGCGUACGUCGCUGUCUUCAUCCAGCGAGUACGGAGCGCUCGAAGAGCUCGCGCCUGCGUGCUCCGUGAGGUUCGAGCGCCUCCACGAACAACCGCGCCCCGUGACGUCACACCGCCGGCCGAGCCCCGUGACGUCACACCGCCGGCCGAGCCCCGUGACGUCACACCGCCGGCCGAGCCCCGUGACGUCACACCGCCGGCCGAGCCCCGCCGGCAGUGAGCACGACCUGCCCGGUGACGCCGCCGCCGAGCAACAAGCCUACACACACGAUACGAGCCCUACACACACCCCACACAACUCUAGCUUAAUCACACAUCAACAACACCAGAUCCCACCACAAACGAAUCAGACGACCUACUGUUGCGACAUGUGUAGUCAGCAAUUUACGUCAAAACUUACUUUAAUCCGACAUAUCAGAACACAUACACACCCGGAACUUACAUGCGGAGUUUGUAAGGAAACAUUUCUAAGUAGCUUAUUACUGAAUAAGCAUUUGAGAUUGCACUCUGCAGAGAAACCGUACGUGUGUGGAGAAUGCAAUAAGCGAUUUGCAACAAAAAGCUAUUUGUAUAUACAUAGAAAAAGCCACACUGGAGAGAAACCAUACAUAUGUAAAGAAUGUAACAUGCAAUUCGGACGAAAACAGAUUUUAGAUAGACAUAAAAGAACUCACAGUGGAUUGAAACCAUAUAAAUGUAUAGAAUGCAACAAGAAAUAUGCAGAUAAGGACACAUUACAUAAACAUAUAAGAAAUAAACACGCUGGAAGUGGAAUGGCAUCAUAUAAGUGUAUAAAAUGUAACGAGCAAUUUGCAUGUAGAGAGAAUUUACAAAUGCAUCGAAGAAUUCACCUUGAAUUCGUCUGUGACUACUGUAACAAGCAGUACACAAAGAAAUGUAAUUUAAUUAGACAUAUAAAAGUGCAUGCCCCACAAAAACCUCAAAAACUAUUUGUGUGUCAAGCAUGUACCAAGGAGUUUUCCCGUAAAGAACAUUUAGAUAGACAUUAUAUAGUGACCCAUACUGGACGGAAAGCAUUUAGAUGUAAGGUGUGCAACAAGCAAUUUGCACUUAAACAUCAAUUAAAUACACAUAAAAAACUGCAUAGUGAAGUCAAACCAUACAAAUGUAAAGAAUGUGACAAAGGAUUCACUGUAAAGAGUUAUUUAGCUAAACAUAAACGAACCCAUAGUGGCGUAAAACCAUACAAGUGUAAGGAAUGUGACGAGGGAUUCACACAAAAACGUUUUUUAGUUAACCAUGAAAAAGUUCACACCGCAGGAAAAAAAUAUAGAUGUGAAGUAUUUUAUGAUCAAUUUAGUGAAAAAAAAAAAUUUAAUAGUCAUGUAAAAGUUAUACAUGACAAUAUAAAACACAACUUCCAGUUCACACAGAAGGAUUGCUUCGUUGCUUAUGAAAGACACGACGAUGAACAAUCAUCCAGCUGUAAUGAACGUAACCAGCAAUUUAGUCAAAGAGAUAGUUUAGGAACACAUAUAAGGAGUGUCAUCGGAGCACAGCCAUACAGCUGUGAAGAAUGUAAAGAUCAGUUUAAAUUAGAGUCCGAAUUAGAGAGACAUAAAAAAAUUCAUACUGAUGAACAUUCAUACGAAUGCGAAAUUUGUGAAACGAUUUUCUUCGAUGAAAUAAGUUUAAGGAAACAUCUUGAAACACAUAUAUCUAGGAUACCAUAACCUUGUUGUUUCGUAAGAGUUAUAUAUAAUUCGGUUCAACUAUGGUCAUCCCUUUGAGAGAGACGCUGCUAUAUAGAGUAUUUUAGUAAUAGAAUUUCGCCUCAUUAUUU